AUGAUGAUUCAGAUCAAUAAACAGCCAGUGCUCCUGCCUCCGCCGCCGCCGCAAGGGUGUUUGACGACGGCUGCUAUUCCGACAAGAGCAGCCCGAAACCUCCUUGUCCUCAACGCACCCACAAGGUCAACAACAAUUCCGACAACUAUUUCAAUGGCUCGUCAAGUCCGACAUUCGGUCCUCCCAAUAAUCCCGAUGAUGAAAAGAAGAGGAAGAAGAGCAAUGGCGGCUUCCGAUUCGGUUUCGGCUGCUGCUGUUGUCGACGUGGAUAUGGGGAUUCGGAGGAAGAAGAAUAACAAGAAUAACAAGGUUUUUAAGGCGUACGGCGACCCCUGCCUCGAUCUCUCCCCUUGGCCUGGUCCCACGAUCCUCUCACCACUCUCAAGCUCAUCUUCAACCUCUCUUCCUGCGGUAUCGACGGAUCGAAAUGGUACAGUGAAGCUUUUUGAAUUCGCAGCUGUUUGGCUCCACCACAACCACCCCAACACUCUGUUACGCAACUUCGGCUCUCUUGCCGACUCCUUCGGUCCUUUGUUCACCCUGCUCGACGUUCUGUACGGCAUCCUCGUUCCUCCUCAGGAUCAGCUGGAUCACACACUGGAGGAGUUACUCCAACGCGAGAAUCCGAAUUCUCAUGCUGAUCGGUACGCCCACGACCCGACUUACAGGCUUUUGCACGACCGGGGUAUGGAUGCUUUUGCGGAGCGGUUGAAGUCCGAUCUUGAAAAAUUGAAGCAGAACAAGCUCGAGCUCAAGCCGUGUGAUUAUGAUGACGAUGUUGACGAUGAUACCGACUACAAUGCUAAACGCGGUUCUCUUGAUGCUUAUGCUUAUCAUGAUCUUCUCGUUUCUUUGGCAAUAGAUUGUUUGCUUACAGGGAACCCUUGGGAGGCACAUAAGGGGCGCUCCAUUUCGCUGGAAGAAAGCACUGCGAGGAGGCUUCUCACCCCCGAAUCAGAUGUAUCGCGGGAGUGGGAGCGGCUGAGGAAGGAGGUUUUGGCGCCCUUGAAAAACUACUCUAGUCGUCAAAGUCGGUUUGGCAGGUGGGAGCGCUGCGAGGUGAAGAAGUACUUGGAGGAGGUGAAAGCAGCAACAACAAUUAUAAAGCCCGACGCUUUACUUCCAUAUGACAUCCUACGCUAUCUGGAAGAUGGUAAUGUUGGGGAAGCGGCAGAGCUUCAAUGGAAGGCAAUGGUGCAAAAGGUCAAGGAGGGCGGCAAAUUCAAAAACUGCUGGGCUGUAUGUGACAACGGCUGGUGCCAGUCAUGGAGUUUGAGUUUGGGACUUUUGGUGUAUGAACUGAGUGAAGAGCCAUGGAACCGAAAAGUGAUGAAUUUCAGUCUGCCUGAUUCCCGCUGUAAGUUUAUUCCGCCCAUUCAUUUUUUGCCCCAGCUGCAUUCCAUUCAGGGCCUCGACGAUGUUAAGUCCAAGUUCUCCUUUCUGACGAGAAUGGAGAGGAGAAUGGACAUAAGCAGCAUAUGUAUUGAUAUACAAAUGGUGUUUGAUGCGAUCUUGGAAGUUGUUGUCAAGGAGAAUUUGAAGCCAGAGCAGAUGAUCAAGAAGCUGUUUCUGUUCACCGACUGCGCAGGCUAUGAUUGGAAGGGUUACGAGAAUCUGUAUGAGGCCGUACGGAGCAUGUUCGGGGACAAGGGGUAUGGGGAUGAUGCGGUGCCACACAUUGUGUUUUGGGAUUUUUGGUGGGGGUAUCGUUCUCCAUCCUUUGAUUUUCCUCAUAGAGGGGUGACGGUGUUGCGUGGCUACUCCGAAAAUUUGGUCAAAUCCUUCCUGGACAAUGGUGGGGAUUUUCGCCCUCACCAUCUCAUGGAAGUAGCCAUUGCCGACAAAGAAUAUCAAACUCUUGCUGUAGUCGACUGA